UACGAAACAUCCUUCUCACUCUCAAGCGGCAGCGGCGGCGACGCGGCACUCUCCUGUCAGCUGUGGCGACACCCGCAGGGCCAGCCAGUGCCACCCGCCGCGCCGCUACCCUCACCUGUGUUCCCUAUGUUAACCUCUCCCCUCCCCACCAGUCUGAUAAUAUGGGUUGAAAGCAUUAACGGAGGUGUGAACUGUGGUGCCUGAAGCUUUCUCUCGCCAGUUUCUUUAAAGCGAGACUCCAUUAGCCAUGACAGCCACCACUAAUGGAGCAGGUGGGGGCUACUUGCGUACCCGCCUCAGGUCAGCCCUACACACUUCCAAUGACCUCCUCUCAGGCCUCUCCUCGAACAUCUCCUCCCGCCUCUCCGUCUUCUCCGUUGCAUCUGGGAACUCCAAUGCCUCCUCUGAGCGCUCCCCUCCACCACCCCCUAUUCCAGCCGUCCCUGAGAAGCCCCCCAGCACCCCACCCCUUCAGCUCCCUCCCAGCCCUGAGGAAAGCCACCGGUCGCCCACUAUGAAAGAGAUGAUCAAGGAGACCUUCAAGUUGGAGAAUCUUCGUGAACUGCGGCCAACCCUGGAGGAGCUAAUGCAGUCAGAGUCAUCCUCAGAGCCAUCCACGCUGCCCACCAACACACCGGACUCUCCCAAGACCGGCUUCCGCUUCCACCUCAACAACUUCAACCAGGCCAUUCCAAAGAAGCUCGUUGACUACAAGCAACUAGCCAUCCGCACCUUGAGUGGGGAGGCGGGUGAGGGGUCCCCAGGCGCAGCGAAUGGCGUCAAACCAUGUGCCAUUAAUGUGGAGUGUGUAGAUGAGAAGAGGGAAGAUGGUGUGGAUGAGACUAAGGAUGUUGUGGAGGGGGCCAGCACCGGCCUCUCCUCACGCUCCUUCAACUCCAUGCACUCCCUCUAUGCCACAGGACCAGAUCCCUAUGAUAAGCUGAAGUACAAGCCAGACAUUAUCAGCAGCGGCACACCCAGUGAUGGGGAGGGCCUCGGACAUUCCACGAGUAUGGACUCCACGGACUCGGACCCUCACAAGAAACUAUGGAUUAGAUCAGUAGGAUCCCAGACAUCCCUGCAGUCAUGGGCCUCCAGCCUCUCAUAUGACAGCCAAGCAGAGGACUUCAAUGAGCCAAAGGAGUUCAUGAGGAAGUUUGUGGAAGAGGUGUUCAAAAUGCCCCACGUCAUCAACAUCGACAGGAAGGCACGCUUUGGGGAGCUGGCACAGACAGAGCAGGGGCGACUGUGGUUCGCACGCUGCAUCAAUGCCAAGCGAUGCUGCAAGUGUGUAUCCGAGGCAAGCUUCUUCUCCCUCAUCCAGCACUUCUCUGUGAUGCUGUUCGAGUGCAAUGAGGCGGAAGACUUCUCCCCAGCCAAAAGUCUCAUGAACAUGUGCUUCACUUACUACCAUGAAGCUCAUACACCAGGGGGCCAGAACCGCACUAAGGAGUUCUUGUACUCAUAUCUGCGGCAGCAGCCUAUCUGGCGAUCCAUACGCUUCUGGAAUGCAGCGUUCUUUGAUGCCCUGCAGUGUGAACGUUCAUUGCGGCCUGUGGUCACUCGCGAGGAGGUGGAAAGUAACCGGCUACAGGCAGUCACUGAUGAACUACACUAUCAAGAAAACAUCACAUUUGGCCAGCUAGGCACUUUCACCUGCAAUAUGCACGCAUUCGGCCUGUCCAAGGAGAUGGUGAAUGAAUUCCUCCGCAAGCAGGUAACCAUCGCCAGUCUGCGGCCAGACCAGGUGAAGUUGCUGCGUGAAAAUGUGGAGCGCAUGUACAGUGGCAAGCAGGAGUGGCAGUAGAGGGAGGAGGGGCUGGCAGGGGACAAGGCAGAGUGAGGAAGAAGAAUAUUAUUUUAUCAUCUUGUCGUGGCUGCACCUCAAGAGUAAGGCACAUUGUUGUAAAGUGUACAUUUCAGUGACUAAAGAGAAAACACAUUGUUCCUGAUACAUAUAUUAAUACAUGGCAGGUUCUAUGAACUUUGCUUCCCAUCGGCAUUGGCUGAUGACUGUGAUGAAUCAGCCUCACCUGAGGCUUCCCAUCUGUUGUGAGACAGGAGUCAGCACAAGCUUGGUAAAUAACACUUAAUUAUUCUUAAAAAUAAGGUGUAUAUAAAAGUUGAUUUAUUUUCCUAUUUGAUGUAAAGUGAAACUUUCAGACUGAAAAAAACUGUGAUGGGUAUUGGUUAUGAUGCUUUAGUGAUAAAAUUUAAUUCUACCUUGACUGAUUUCACUUUUGUUAAAAUGAUUGUCGUACUUCUGUGUCACUGUUAUCAGUGAAUUUUAUAGGAUAAAUAUCAGUUGGUGUGCCUUUGUUUGUGGGUCCUCAUUCGUGCCAGGGAGGCUGUGCAGCACCUCAGUGUUGGCCUCCCACUCACUUUGUGGAGCCAAGCUGCUUAUUGGCUGCAGCCCACACAGUGCUUGCAUUGCCUCAGGUGUUUUGCUGAAGAAACAAUUUUAUUAAUAUUAUCUUAUUCUAGCAUUAAGAUAUGUGUGUGUGUGUGUGUGUGUGUGU